AUGAAGCGGCUUCGAGUUUGGGUUAUGGAUCCCGGCGGGAUGAUGAACGAGGCUGGGACGUAUAACCUGGCUGAGAUCUGGCCGUUUCCGAUCAACGGAGGCGCGACUGUUCAUUCGUCAAUGAGGAGUGGUGUCUCGUUUGGUGGACCUAGCUUGGUUCACCAGUUCGCAGACUCGAUUCUAAUUAGCACCAAUAACUGUGGCGAUCCGGCACGUAUGAGCCACGCGCUCUCACAGGCGGUGGUCGCAGCCGGUAUAUCUGGUGCUAGGAAGCGACGGGACGCAGCGGAGGAGAAGGUCGUCUCCGGGAGCGACGGCAAUGACGCGAAUGAUGGUGAGAGUAAAAAGCAAAAGACUUCAGGAUGCGAAGAUGAAGUGUGUGAUGGGAAAGCCGAAACAGGAACAUUGGAUCAAAAGAAGCAGUUGCCUGAACCUCCAAAAGAUUAUAUUCACGUGAGAGCAAGAAGGGGACAGGCGACAGAUAGUCACAGUCUUGCCGAAAGAGCGAGAAGAGAGAAAAUAAGCGAGCGGAUGAAAAUCUUGCAAGACCUUGUACCGGGUUGUAACAAGGUAAUCGGAAAAGCUCUUGUUCUAGAUGAGAUAAUCAAUUACAUACAAUCGCUGCAGCGUCAAGUUGAGUUUCUAUCGAUGAAACUCGAAGCGGUCAACUCAAGAAUGAACCCUGGAAUCGAGGCUUUCCCGCCAAAAGAGUUUGAUCAGCAGCCGUUUGAGAAUCCGGGGAUGCAGUUCGGCUCACAAGCUACAAGGGAAUACAGCAGAGGAGCAUCACCGGAGUGGUUGCAUAUGCAGGUAGGAGGUGGUUUCGAAAGAAGAUCGUGA